AUGCUCAGUUUGGUGUCUGUUUCUAGAGAGGUUUUUUUUUCUUGGGAGAGUGCAUGUGAUCAGCAGAGGGUCAAUGAGCACUGUCCAGACAGAGGGUCAGGGGUUCUGCAUACUCCUAGAGCAGAAAGAAAACUUCUACAAGCUUUAACUAGUGCUCAGCUGGACACUGAUAGAAGUCACAAGACUGCUCUAACUGCUGAUGAGAAAAAGUAUUUAGCAGUUUAUAUUUACUAAAAUUAUUGUAUUUCCAUGUAGUGUGUACUGUGGGAUAGAGUGAAUGCAGGGUCCAGGG